UUGAAGCCCUGCAGCGAUGCUGAGCAGGUUUCUAGGUCCGCGCUACCUGGAACUGGUCAAGAAUUGGAUCCCCACGGCCAGCAUGUGGGGCGGUGUGGAUGCUGUGGGGCUGGUAUGGGCCACGGACUGGCGGCUGAUGCUGGACUGGGUGCCUUACAUCAAUGGCAAGUUUAAGAAGGAUUAGGCAGCUCCCUCCUCUUGCCACAAGCCUCACUGGUGCCACACCCAGCCACCUCAGAAGC